CAUGGCUGAGUGCACGGAGCUGGAGUGGGCGGUGCAGGUGCUGGUGACCAACUUUGACAAGUACUCGAGCCGCCGCUGCUGCUGCAAGAAGCCUCCACGCAUCAGCAAGAAGGAUUUCCGCAAGAUGCUGAGCUGUGAGCUCAACCACAUGCUGACGGACACCGGGAACCGCCGGGCGGCCGACAAACUGAUCUGCGACCUGGACGAGAACAAGGACGGAAGGAUCAGCUUCGAAGAGUACUGGACCCUGAUCGGGGGCAUCGCCAGCCCCAUCGCGCAGAUCAUUCGCCAGCAGGAGCAGAGCAUUAAGCACACCAAGUAGCUGGCUCCAGCCGGACCCUCCCCAA